GCGCACAGCCCAACCGAUCAGUUGAGUUUUGUAAGUCGAGUGGAUAUCAAGUGUGCGUCCUCCUCUCUCUGUCUUGUCGUCGCUGUUGCUUUGUGGAAAAAUUCUAGAGAAUUGACAAAGCAGAAACCAAAAAAAGCAAAGAACUGUUUGUGAAAUUCAAAUAUCCUCCUUAAUUGAAAUUGAAAGAAACGAGUGCCAAAAGGAUUCCCGACACUACCUAAAGAAAAGCAACCCUCUCUGAGCUAAGCCCACAAAAGAAACGAACAAAAGCCCAUUUCAAAAACAAAAAAACGUGUAAAAAGUGCUUGAAAAUAACGUGAUUUAUCACCAGCGUCCACAACUCGAACAAAGUUUUAUCCCAGUUUUCGAAUAUCUCCAAAAAAAAAACCAAACCAAAUCCAAUAUGAGGGAAAUCGUCCACUUGCAAGCCGGUCAAUGUGGCAACCAAAUCGGUGCUAAGUUUUGGGAAGUCAUUUCCGAGGAGCAUGGCAUUGACCAGAAUGGUAUCUACAAGGGUGAUAGCGAUUUGCAAUUGGAACGCAUUAGCGUUUAUUACAACGAAGCAUCAGCAGCAUCAAGGUCGUCGGGCGGUAAAUAUGUACCGCGUGCCAUUCUCUUAGAUUUGGAACCCGGUACCAUGGAGGCGGUGCGUUCCGGACCCUAUGGCCAAUUGUUCCGUCCCGAUAAUUUUGUCUUUGGACAAUCGGGUGCUGGCAACAACUGGGCCAAGGGCCAUUACACUGAGGGUGCUGAGCUGGUGGAUAAUGUUUUGGAUGUGGUGCGCAAGGAGUGUGAGAACUGCGAUUGUUUGCAGGGCUUCCAACUGACCCACUCCUUGGGUGGUGGUACCGGAUCCGGCAUGGGUACCUUGCUGAUUUCCAAAAUCCGUGAGGAGUAUCCCGAUCGCAUUAUGAACACCUAUUCGGUGGUACCUUCGCCCAAGGUAUCCGACACUGUGGUGGAACCCUAUAAUGCCACCUUGUCCAUACAUCAGCUGGUGGAGAACACCGAUGAGACCUAUUGCAUUGACAACGAGGCCUUGUAUGACAUAUGUUUCCGCACCCUGAAGGUUUCAAAUCCCAGCUAUGGUGAUUUGAAUCAUUUGGUCUCCUUGACCAUGUCGGGUGUUACCACCUGUCUGCGUUUCCCAGGUCAAUUGAAUGCCGAUUUACGCAAAUUGGCCGUUAACAUGGUGCCUUUCCCUCGCCUGCAUUUCUUUAUGCCUGGCUUUGCCCCGCUCACCUCUCGUGGUUCGGAAAAUUAUCGCACCUUGUCUGUGCCCGAAUUGACCCAACAAAUGUUCGAUGCCAAAAAUAUGAUGGCUGCUUGCGAUCCCCGCCAUGGCCGUUAUUUGACUGUGGCUGCUGUCUUCCGUGGCCGUAUGUCCAUGAAGGAGGUGGAUGAACAAAUGUUGGCCGUCCAAAAUAAGAACAGUUCGUACUUUGUCGAAUGGAUUCCCAACAAUGUCAAGACUGCCGUAUGCGAUAUACCACCCAAGGGCUUGAAAAUGUCCUCAACGUUCAUUGGCAACACCACCGCCAUUCAAGAUCUCUUCAAGCGUAUCUCCGAACAAUUCUCAGCUAUGUUCCGGCGCAAAGCUUUCUUGCAUUGGUACACCGGUGAGGGUAUGGACGAAAUGGAAUUCACCGAGGCCGAGAGCAAUAUGAACGAUUUGGUCUCCGAAUAUCAGCAAUAUCAAGAAGCCACUGCCGAUGAUGAAUUCGAUCCCGAAGUGCAAGCCGAAGAAGUUGAGGGAGAUUGUAUUUAAUCAACAUAUCAGAGGAAUGACGAGGAGCGUGCUUUUUUGGCGUUACGUGUGGAAAGGGAGAGACAACAGAUUGUGGCCGAAAAUGCAGCAGGAUUGGCCCAUGAAAUACGUUCCCUGUUGCAUACUUUAAGGUGUUUUCUUUAGUCAUAGUAAAAACAAAGCGGCAUACUUUAAGGUGUUUCAUGUAGUAUAAGAGAAAUCUCUGUCUCUCUCGCGAUUUGUUAACAACACGUAAUCUCCCAAAGAAUUGCUCAUUGUACUCCCACUCCC